GCCAAACAGCAAACUCCAAGGCAGCACACCACUAUCAGACUAUUAUUGAAGAGAGUCUGUAGCUAGCCGAAGCUGCUCAGUUGUUUUUCUACUGAAGCAAAUGACCAGCACUGCAUUGUAGUCGAUAAAUGAAGGGGACGAGGUAGUGUAGACAAUAAGAAUAACACAACUUGGCCAGAGGAAAGUCAGCGAACGAAGUUUCCAGUGUUAGUACAACGUAACGUUCGCCAUGUACUGCAAGUAAUCGCUACGUAGCGCAGUAUCAUACCCUCAGCUAGAGCACAUUCUCAGUCAACAACCGACUACAAUACUAGUAGACUGCAGCGGCGGUAAGCAGCUGUUCUACAGAUGGCCAAGCCGGUGUCCAGCGAAUACUGGAGCUCUGGAUUAUUCGACUUCACGGACAAUGUGUCAAUCUGUACGUUUGGGCUCUUCUGCUACCCACUGCUGCUGGACGACACGGCUCGCAACCUGGGCGAGAAGAAGUGCUCGUGCUGUGCCGUGCCGUUCUGCAUACCAAUCACGUGCUGCCUGGCGCACAUGGCCACACGGACGGCGAUACGCAACACAUACAACAUCCAGGGAAGCAUCAUGUCGGACAUGUGGUCGAUCACCUGCUGCCCGCUGUGUGCCGCAUGCCAGGAAGCGCGACAGGUGCGCCAACCGGUGCCCAUGGUCGUAACAUCACAACCAGCAACCACGGCGCAGAUGCAACGGAGAUAGAUAGCCACACGGCAAAACACAACGGCGACACGACAAUACUAAGUGAUGCGUUGAUCCCCAUUGAGUGAGCAUGAGGUGGAGCACACCUCAUUGUGUAUGGUAUGGCAUGCAAGCUGGCUUCGCAACCUCAUCACAACAUCAGACUUGGACAAAUGCUGUACACGUCAGAUAUUAUAAUGUAGAACAGUGUGAUAAUAUCUGGAAGUGUGCUCCAGCUGCUAUCCGUGAUGGUGCUCAGCUUGGCUCAGCUCGGCACACUAUUGAUGCCCAGUUCAGAAUGUUAUGGACCUGCUACGGGGUGCACGUGCCAUCUGAGCUCCUGGAUCAGCUACGGGUCGCAUCACGCAUCUGAGCUCCUGGACCUGCUACGGAGUAAAUGAGUCCAUCUGAGCUCCUGGACCGGCUACGGGGUACAUGAGUCCAGUCCAUCUGUGCUCCUGGACCUGCUACGGGGUAAAUGAGUCCAUCUGAGCUCCUGGACCUGCUACGGGGUACAUGCGUCCAUCUGAGCUCCAAUCGUGCCACUGGGUGUCAUAACGAACAUGCUACAUGACACACCAGCACAUGGUAACCAGUGCUAACACCACCGCCACCGCCACCCCCAACCAGAUUGGGAUGAAUCAUGUAAACAGCCAUGUGAGAAGGUAGCGCUUGCAGGGAAUCGCCCACCAGAAUGGCAACAUGCAAAUCGUUCAGGAAGGCCUGUGAAGGCUGCUUGCCGACAGUGCAAUGUCACUCAAUAACCAAGUUCAGCUAGUGUUGCGUCUUGCUGGUUUCUAUAUGCACGGCCUCACUGUCGAAUAUCAUAAUAUCCUGCUCAGCUUUCAUGAGUUUUCCUGUGGUGUUUCUCUUGCUGGUGUACAAAAUUCAAUUCAA